GGUGCUACACAAGCGCAGUCUUACGGCGAGUUGCCGUACAAAAGGAACAUCAAUGGGUGGUCAGAAAGUAAGAUGGCGGACUGCGAGUCGGAGGUGCAGCGUUUGCCAACCGCCAACGAAGACGUAACGAGAAACACGAGCGUGACGAUGAUCAACAACGGACGCGUACCUCAGCAUCCGGUGAACCAGACAAAUCCGAUCGGACAGGGUCCGAGAUGCGUCACCAUUUACAAAACCGAGACUGGUUUUGGGUUCAAUGUACGCGGCCAGGUCAGCGAGGGUGGACAACUGAGAAGCAUCAACGGGGAACUGUACGCGCCGCUUCAGCAUGUCAGCGCGGUAUUACCCCGAGGUGCUGCAGAGAAAGCCGGUGUAAGAAAAGGCGAUCGUAUACUCGAAGUGAACAACGUGAACGUGGAGGGAGCGACUCAUAAACAAGUGGUCGACCUGAUCAAAUCUGGAGGCGAUGUUUUAACACUGACCGUGAUCUCCGUGACGCCGCAGGAAGCGGAAAGGCUGGAGCCGUUCGAAGAUCUCAGUUACGCGUCGGUGGACUACAGCGAGAAGCGAUCCCUGCCUAUCAGCGUGCCGGACUAUCAUGUCCGCGAGAGGAAACACGAGCGUUACGUUGUCUUCAACGUCCACAUGGCAGGCAGACACCUAUGUUCGCGACGUUAUCGGGAAUUCGCCGCCUUGCAUAUGGCUUUGAAGAAGGAGUUUAUUGGUUUCAACUUUCCCAAGCUUCCAGGAAAAUGGCCAUUCCAAUUGAGCGAGCAACAACUCGACGCGAGAAGACGAGGACUGGAACAGUAUUUGGAGAAGGUUUGCGCUGUACGGGUGAUCGCGGAAAGCGACGCGAUGCAAGAAUUCCUGACCGACAGGCUGGACGAGGAUGGUGAUCAAGGACCGGCGGUCGAUUUGAAAGUACUGCUGCCGGAUCGCGAGGUGGUCACCGUCACCGUCGCGAAAGCCGCUUCCGUCAAGGAUGUGUACGAUGCGGUUUGCAGCAGAGUCGGCCUAGACGCGGAAACGGCCAAAUACUUUUAUCUCUUCGAGAUCGUCGAGUACAAUUUCGAACGAAAGUUGCAACCUCACGAGCACCCUCACACUCUGUACAUUCAGAACUACUCGACCGCCAGUGCAACGUGUCUAGCAAUAAGAAGGUGGCUUUUCAAUGUAAAUAGACCGCUCGGCGAGCAAGCGUUAACCUGGAUCUUCUGGCAGACCGUCGACGAGGUCAACAGGGGUCACAUCACGGCCGGUGAACGACUCUACCAACUGAAGGCUCUGCAAGAUGCCUCAAGAAAACACGAGUACCUAAAACUGGCGAAAGAAUUGAGCGGUUACGGCGACAUCGUGUUCCCUCAUUGCGCGUGCGAUUCGAGAAAGGAAGGACACGUUGUCGCGGCCGUGGGAGCCGCGGCUUUCAAAUUGCACGCGGCAAAAGAAGACGGUACUUUGGAAUCUCAGGUGGUUGAAUUUCAAUGGGACACCAUCGCACGGUGGGAGGUAGACGAAGAGGGAAUGGCGUUUUGCUUCCAGUACACGCGACAGGACAACCGUCCGCCGCGUUGGCUUAAAGUCUUCACACCAUACUACACGUUCCUGUCGGAUUGUUUCGAUCGAAUAGCCGAGGAAGCGAAGUGGGAUGAUCCAGGAGAAUGACGUAACGUCCGACGUUAAAAUACGUGUUUGGUGCAUAAUAGAAAGGAUAUCGUUUCAUCGAAAGUUUUCACUUAUCUUUUGUAACCGAAACUCUUUCAUUACCGUUACUCCUUUGGUUUUUCUUAACACGAUUACACGGAUCAAUAGGACACCGCUCUAAAUCAUAUCAGACUCUUGGCUUGAUUAAUAGACGUGUCUGUGUGCGUUGCACACUAACGCGAAUGAACUGUAUGUCUCGUUGUAAAGUUAACACACUUUUUGGUCUUUUAAAGAUACGCGAGAUGAUCCGAUGGUAAAUAUCAAUAUUGAAUGCGAGUAUCAUCGUAUCUUUGAUCGAUAAUACAACGCUUUAAUUGAAAAGACACGCGCGUAACUACAUCGUUAUAGGAAUUACGAUAUUGUUGCUGCAUCAUGCUGAACGUCAGCCUAGAUGAAUCUAUCUUUUGGCCUAUCGUUCGUCGCGUCUAGCAUGCAUACAAGAUCUUACAGAAGAGCGAACGUUCCUCUUUACUUAGCCUAAUAGAUAUCGCAGAUUUUCGAUUCGUUGAGUCUGAACGAGUGAGUAAACUUAAGAAAGAAGUAUUAUCGUUUAAGUCGUUGAUUUUUCCUUCGCAUCGACACCCUGUACACGCGUUUCCUCGGGUCGUUUACCAGCCCCGUUCGUUUUCAUUUCGAAGAAUCGUGGCAUCAACGGAACUAUCUUACUUUCUUUUCAAAAUUAUAGAUUUUUACUCUAACAAAGAGACAGAGAAACGCGAAGAUUUAAUUAUUCUCGGACUGGUAACGCGUCGAUCGUGAAUGUGUUACGGGGAGAGUUGCGACGGAAAUCGCGAUUCAACUUAAAGGAAAUAAGCGAAACGUAGCUGUGCUUAGUCGAGAUGCUACUCUCCCCAAUUGUUGAAUUUAAUAGACACUUUGAUCAUCCCGCAUCGGUACGAAAUACCUUCGUAAACAUUCGUAAACGCUCGUUUAAGGAUUAACACUUAGGAUAAUGGGAUUUAACGGACACGAAACGAGGAGAUGAGCGUUAAAAUCCUACAAAUUAUAAGACUUAAGAUGAAAAAUGUUAAAAUGAGAAAACACCAGUUAGAACGCCAUAACGGAGAAUAAGAAUAAUACUCAGUGACACUAUUAAGGGAAAAAUGCUGAUAAUAAGAAAAUAAAACAGAAAUAUAUAUAUUAUAUUAUAUUAUAUUAUAUAUAUAUAUAUAUAUGAUUAAUUUUAACGUCUUUAAUGUCAGUGGGAGCACUGAUCAACUUUUAAAAGUAUCUUGGCCUGCUCGUCGAACAGCGAAUUCUUUGGAACGAGAUUCUUCCGCAUUUAUUAUAUCCCCUUCGCGUUUACUUUCCUCCUAAUUCAAUUAAGUUUCUCAAUUGUCUUUGUGAUGUUGCUCGUUCCGAACGAUUCGCUCGGUCAUGAAAAAUAAACGGAAGAGAAGCCUCGGCAGAUAAUAAUUAUAGAGAUAGAUGUAUAACUAUCGUUAAUGUUUUUAAACUUUAUUCAGAAUGAAUCGUAACGUGAUUUUUGGGGGCAGCAGAGGCCGAAUGGUAAACGAAAAGACAAAGGAGAGGUGUAAAACGAUGACGUUGAUGAUAAAACGGUAACACUAGUAGAACAUUUGUAAAAAUAAUGAGAGCUUCGAUUAUAUUCGAAAAAUGAUACAACGGUACUCUCGAAACGAAAGAAACGAAGAAGUAAAGCCGGGAACUAUCAGUUUCCAAAUUCUAAUCGAUACGUAAUCGAAAUUAGAAAUACGUAAUAUGUUAUAAAAGACACGGAAGUUUUCAUUAUUUUUCCGUCUAUAGGAUGCAAUGAAUUCUCGUUUGAUCAAUGAUUCUCUAUCGUGGGCAAAACGAUCUGUAAAUUAUUGUUGAAGAAAAAUUAAGAAAUUGUUCGCACCCCGUUGAGUCUGAACGAUGGCAAACGAUGAAGGUGGACCUUCGGUACCUUUUCUUUUUCUUUUUUUUUCGUGUGUAGACCUGCAUUGUAAGAAAUUGCAUACUUUAUUCGAACGCAGAACAUCGCGAUUCGUAACUUCGCCAAUACGUUUCAGAAUCGGUUUCGAUCAAUUAAGCGAUACGUUUGUUACCAGAAGAAAAUUAAUACCGCCUGCGUGUAUUAUCCAGGCGAACGCUUGGCUGGCUUUGGAAUUUUCAGUUUGGCAUGCGAUUAAACACGUGAAAUACCGAGCAAGUAUUAAAUUAUAGUAAGUAGAUUCUAGCCGAAGGUCGCAUCGAUUGGCAGAGACGGCUGUAAGAUUUUCACGACUUUUUGUGAUGGUAUUAUUCUAUUAAUCGAUGAAGUAAUUACAUAAUUAGUCCUGAUGCGACGCCAAGUGUCUGUCGGAACAGGUACGAGUGCAUUGUAAUAUUUUUUGGCGAAGUUAUUAUCGUUGUUACGUUAAGUAGAAGAUACUAAUUAGAGCGAGUUAAUAAGAGAGAAAAAAAAAUACGUCCAAGUUGUGUCGCUCUGAUGCGCCAGUUUAUAACGUGUUUCAAAGGGUGCAUUCCGAGAGAAUGAAAAAUUUUUGUUCGAUACUAAAAGAAAAUUUUAUCGAUAUUUGUUAUCGCGCGUGUAUUUAUUUAUAUUCUAUCAUAUUGUGAUUUCUAAUUGUAUUGCGCUCAAGAUCGAGAUUAACUCUUAACGAUGCGUUAAUACACUUAUUUAUAUUGUCGUCCAAUAGUAUUUUUUCUAUGAAAAGAGAAGAUGAGUUUACGUUUAUUUUAAUCUAAGAAAACUGUUUCACCGCUUAGGAGAACAGGCACGAUUAAUUAUUAAUUACUUCAUUAAUUAGGCGCGUUAACAAGUCGAUCGAAUUUAGAUAGUAUAAUUUAAUUAUUGUUACAGUAAGACCAUAUCAUUACAAGUUAACUCUCUCCCUUUAGACGUUAAUUAAAACUAUUAUGUAUAAUCGUAGCCCGUAAAUAACAAAUGCUCCAAUUUAUCUUGUAAUAUCAGUUGACGAUUUUUCCUGUAAAACUGGUAUACCGGAUUAGCGAAUGGUAUUGUUCGAUUUCAUUUUCGAAUCAUUAAAAAGUCGGGGAAAAUAAAAGAAAGAUGCAGAGGA